AUGGCUGAUCUUCUUCGUGGCGCUCCACUUUUCCGCAACAAUCCCGACGGCCCCAGUCAGCAAGUAACUUCCGAUGAAUUGAACAAGAAGGUGGUCUGCCUUUUCUUUGGCGCCAAAGAGGCUGGAAAAGAGCUGAACGACAAGUUGAAAGCGUUCUACGAAAAGACACAGCCACAGGGAUUUGAGGUGAGUUCAUAUGGCAGUAGAUGAAGGUGCAAUUAUGAUGACUUUUUACUAAAUUUUUGCCUAUCAGUCUGUCGGGAAAAUAAUGAACACAAUGUCGCUACGCAAGCCGCGUCGCUGAACUGAAAAGCUAUUUGGUUUUGUCGCGAGACAAUUCAUUUUCUUGGCGGCAAUGGGAUUUUUGAUGCUACAGAGUGCACAUUAUUUUCCCGACAGACUGAUAGAAAAAACUUGAUACUUGGCAAUUCAAAUGCUCAUUUUUUUCAAGGAACGUGUCAUAAGUGCGCCGCGACCCUCAGAUUUUCCUUUUUUCGAUAUUUACGGCCGAGAGAGCGAGUAAAGCGCGGAGAGGGGUUAGAGAGAAAACACUUUUUAUUCAUAUCAUUGCCAGUUUCGCAUGGUAGAAAUUUAUUUUUUGUCGGAACAUUACCGUCUACGGUAGAAAUAGCUAUGAAACUUUUCAGGUCAAAAUUCGUAAAAAAGUCUUGCAUUUUUGCCAAUUUUUGAUCUAAAAAUCUCGGAUAGGAAACUGCCUGUCUUUAAAAAAUGUUCUAAAAGUGUGCUAAGUUUCAUCACAAUCUGAUGAUUGCACUUUAACUACCUCCUUUGUUUCGGGAGCCGCGCUCCGCCGCGCCCCCUCUACAUUAAGGGCUUCUGACCGUUUCCUCUUAACUUCAAUUUUUUUCACUUUUUUUUCCAUACAUUCUUUUUUUUACUCUUUGUGAUACCCAAAUGACUUUUUUUUAGUGGCUGUCAUUAUCGACCGGUCGGUACUGAAAAAUCGAGUUUUCUCCUUUCUUUUUGGAGCUAUGCUGCCGAUUUUUUUUUCAGAAUUCGUGGAAUGGAAUUCUACACCUGAAUAUGGUACUCGUUUUUUCACCAUAGUUGGAGUGUCAUUUUGAAAAUUGCAAAAAACCGACUUUUUAAAAAGUACCCCUUUUUUGAGCCACCUUUGCGGCUUUUUAAAGAUAGUUAGCCAGGUCCCGUUCCGAUAGAUCUCUUGCAAAACACUUCAAAUAGAUUUUCAGAAAUUUCUACAUAACGCGGUCGCGUCCCCAUCGCGGGCGGCUCUCGGGACUGGAAGGUUCCAAAAAGUCAAAAACGAUUCGACAUGAAAACGGCCAGCUAUCCACACGUUUCCUUCAUGCACUGUGGGUCAUUUUUCACGCUGACUCCAAAUCUGACAUGCUUUUUGAACAAAAAUUUGCAUAUCGGUUAUAUCCGGAUUUCAAAUCCAAAAUCCGAUUUUCGUAUCUCGGGAACUAGGACCUUAAUCAAAAAUCGCUGCCAUGGAAAGUUGCGGAGCGUUUUUUGGAAGCGCCUGAAGUGGUUUUCGGACGGCGGGUUACAGUCCCCGGUUCUAAACAAUUCGCGAAGUGAUUUUGUGACAUACUCAAAAACAUCUCGCGAGCGAAGCGAGCGCCGAGUUCCAUUCUUUCUUUAUCGGACGUGUUUUCUAUUCCUUUCAAACUUUCUAAUUGGAUUCUUUCAUGUAAAUUCAAAACUACGGUUACUAUAACAUUUUCAAUUUUUUCAACCCUUAGGCUACAGGUGUAGAUGAAGGAAAUUCCAAAUUCUGAUGCCAGAUUCUGAAUCUACGUGAAAAAUCACCAUCAGAAGUGGUAUCAUAGUCCUCCUAUCUCGCCGAUUUUUUUCGGCUUACUGUGGGUUACGGUAGCUUCUGCGCCGUAAGGCGCUUUUUCGCCAUUUUCUCAGCGUUGACGCGAUCGCGCCGGACAAAAUUCACAGCACUGGUAGUACUCGUCAUUACACGUCUUUCAAGGUGUAUUUCACGGUUCCAGGUCUGUCGCUACACGAGGGAUUACUGUAACAAGGUGUCUGGCUUAAAGUUACAGUAUCUCGGUCAAUUUUGAUCGUAUCCACCCGCCUCAAAAAUCAUUCUACUGUGUUUAAAUAGCUCUUCAAAACAUUAGUCGACGCGUUUCCGCCAUUUCUUGAAACCGGGUUACUGUAACAUCGUAAACAUAAAAAGUACCGUAACUUUUGAACGAGUAGAGAUACGAAGACGGGACCUGGCUCAAUCGUUCGGAAAUUGAAAACUCGAUCAGGAUAAGUGUAAAAAUCUGCAUAUUUUUCUAAAAUACGGUCUGGCCGAAUUUAAUUCUGGCCAAAUUUUCCAUUAAUUAUUUCACCCCGAAAAAGUCAAAACUUUUGGGUAAAAAACCCAAAAUAUGACGGCCCUCUAAUUGUACUACAACGUGGUAGAAUUUUUUUCCGGGGGAUUGAACCUCCGGGGACUUCAGAUUGCCAGACUUCCGCGCUACCCACUGCGCCAUGGGUGGCUCUCUCGGAAUCAAAAAGGGACCGAGCGCGGGGGCUCCGCACUGUGCAAAAACACUUUCGAAAGGGUGCACUGUGCGGAUUUUUGCUUUGUCGCGCAGCGACAAAGCCAAAAUUCGCGCAGCGACAAAGCCAAAAUUGGGAUUCGCACUGUGCAAAUUGAGAAAAAGCCUAGCUCAUUGGGUAAAAUGCAGAGUGCACGGUGCGUCUGGGGGGAAAGUGGGAAAAUCAAAAGGGGGCCUGGGAAAAACGUUUGGAGGGUGUUUUUCGCACUGUGCAAAAUGAAAAAAAGCCUACGAACGUAGGCUUUUUUGUUGAUUGCACCGUGCAAAUUUUUCCAAAUUUCAGGUUUCGAAGGGGAGUGUCUGCAAAAUCUUUUGCGACACUCCGCCAACAAAUUUCGCACGGUGCAAAUUGGGAAAGGCUUCGUUUGGCAAGAUUGCACUGUGCAAACCGUGUCGCAACGUGGAAAAAGGGGCGUGGCAAAAGUUGAUUUUCCAUUUUCGUGAGAGAGCAAAAAUUUCUUUAGCUUUCUCGUCGAUUUCGGGUCCCAGUAUUUUUCCGAGGGCGAUAUCGGUUGGGUUCGCGCGGGUUCGAAAUUUUUUUAUUUUCUCCGGGUUUUCGCGAGUGCACUGUGCGGUGAAAAGAUGCACUGUGAGUUGAUAAGGUGCACUGCGCGGUGCUUAGCGCAUAGGCUUAGUUUGCUUAGCCGCUUAGGCUGCGUAGGCUUAGCUCAGGCUUAGUUUGCUUAGGCUGCUUAGCCGCUUAGGCGCUUAGGCUUAGUUUGCUUAGCCGCUUAGGCUGCUUAGGCUUAGGCUAAUUAGGUGGCGCUUUGCGCGCACACCCGCGUUGGGAAUGUAGGCUGACGAGUCGCGUAGCGACGUAGUCAGGCUACAUCCCAACGCAGCUUGUCUUUGACAUGAUUUUUAGCCCAAAAAAUCACCGCAACUCUAUUUCCAGGUGGUCUACAUUUCCCAUGACAACAGUGAGGACGAGAUGAAACAGUUCCUCAAAUCCCAUCCCAAAUGGCUUUUCAUCAAGUAUGGAGAUCCGAGAGCGAUGUAAGUCACAAUACACGAAGAUUAUCGUAUUUUACCCAUCGGAGUUUAUUAUAAGCCCAUUUGUUUGAGUUCUCCUACCGCUUUCUCGCUAUAAAUUCCAUUAAUCCACAUUUUCAGCUCCCUCCUCCAACGCUACCAACUCAAAGCCAUCCCCUCGUUGAUUGUGGUGCAGCGCGGCGGAACCCCGCUGGUCGGCGACGCCCUCAACGAUAUCUACUCCAAACCCCCUCAGGCCACCUUCGACAAGUGGCGCAAAGCCACAACCGAGUAA